AUGGGGUCUUCUCCGGCGGAAGAUGGCCUGAUCCUGGUGCAGAGGCUCCCCUCCGGCGUGGCCCAGGUGCUGAUCAACCGGCCCAAGUCCCUCAACUCCCUGACCCGCCCCAUGAUCGUCGAGCUUGCGCGGGCCAUCAAGUCCCUCGAUGCCGACGACUCCGUCGGUGCUGUCGUCCUCUCCGGCGCCGGCCGCUCAUUCUGCGCCGGCGUCGACCUCACGGCGGCGGAAGCCGUCUUCAAGGGCGACGUCAAAGACCUCCUCACCGACCCCGUCCACCAGAUGGAGCUCUGCCGGAAACCCAUCGUCGGCGCCAUCCGCGGCUUCGCCGUCACCGCCGGCUUUGAGAUCGCCCUCGCCUGCGACGUCCUCGUAGCCGGCCACGACGCCGUCUUCGUCGACACCCACGCCCGGUAACCCUGACCCUAAUUCAUCAUCAUCUUCCUCCUUGUUCGCUUUUUGAAUCUGGUUAGGUGCAGAUUUGGGAUCUUCCCGUCUUGGGGGCUCUCGCAGAAGCUGUCAAGGAUAAUCGGGCCCAACAGGGCCAGGGAGGUCUCCCUCACGGCGGCGCCGAUCACGGCGGCGGCGGCGGAGAAGUGGGGGCUCGUUACCCACGUCGUGAACGCCGACAAGGUUCUCGAGAAGGCGACGGAGGUGGCGGAGGCCAUGCUCAGGAACAACCGCGACCUGGUGCUCCGCUACAAGGCCGUCAUCAACGACGGUCUCAAGCUUGAUCUGGGCCGCGCCCUAGCCCUCGAGAAGGUGAAGACCCCCCCUCCCCUCUUCUACUCUCUCCCUUUCUACCUCCUGCUCGAAGACGAUGAUCCAAAACCCAUUCAUUUCCCGGAGUUUUCAGCUGGUCGACGUAGCCUGUUUCCUCAACAACGAAUGUAGUGGAAUCUGGAACCCAGCUAUGAUUCGUGUGAUCAAUUCCUCCGUCGCCGUCUCUGCAAACUCUGCAGAUUCUGAUGAUCUAAACCAUUCCUCAGAUGUCCCAGCUGAUCGAUUCACAGUGGUUUUCUGAGAAAUUGGUGGGAAACCUAGCUCUGACUUUUGUGAUCAAUCCCUUCUACCGCCUGCAUUUCUAUCUCUGCAGAUUCCGCAGCUCCUUGUCAAGAGCUUGAAGAUGACAAUCUGAACCCAUUCAUUUCUCAUAUGUCACAGUUGAUCAAUUCAGAAUGUUUGUCCGAACAAUUUGUGGCAAAUUGUCUGUGAUUCGUGUGCUGAACCCAUUCUUCCUCUCCCAUGCCCACCAUCUCUGCAGAUCACGCAGCUCCUUGGAAGGAGCUUGAAGUUGACCCAGACCCAUUCCCCAGAGCUCCCGUUCUUAUGAUCGGUGGAGAUUUUUUUUUUUUCCUUCCCGAAUAACUGAAUGGAGCUCAGCUCUUGCUCGUUCUAUCAAUCCUUCCAGAUCUGCUAUCCCCAUCUCUGCAGAUUCCACAGUUCCUGGAGGAGCUUGAAUGAAGAUGAUGGGUAGAGCCCAAUUCAUAGAUGUUCCAGCCGAUCAAUUUAGACUGGUUUCCAGAACAAUUUGGAAGAACCCACCUCUGAUUCUGAGUUUCUAAGUUUUUAUUUCCACCCCUCAGCUGCAUAUUGUCAGUAAAAUUCUUGCUUGUUUUAUCGGGCAAGGAUUGCCUUUCAUUCUUGGUACAAUUCAACCCUGAGAGGUCAUUGCUUUGUUUCUCUCUCUCUCUCUCUUUCUCUCUAAGCACUAUGCUGUAAAACCUGUGUUUCAGGAGAGAGCGCACAGCUUCUACGACGGCAUGUCCAAGGAGCAAUUCGAGCAGAUGCAGAAGUACAUAUCCAGCCGUAGAUCUCGGCCCGCCUCCAAGAUGUAG